CUCGCCGCUCGCGGACGGAGGACUGGUCGUGGCAGAGUGAACCACAGGCGGCAGAGAGAGAGAGAGAGAGUGAGGGUCGUGGUCCUCAGUGGAGCUCCGUCAGCGUGGCGUGCUGGGUGCGUUGAGCCCUAGGCCUCUGUGGUGUCCAGCUUCUCUCUCGUUCUCUGAAAUUAUUGGCGAUUUGAGGAGAAUGUUGUUGAGGGCACGACGGUAAUUACUAUUGGGUUGUUGAGGCUUCUAAUGCCUUCUAUGUAUCACUUUUACCAUAUUUACGGGUUGGUGAUUAUGGUGUUUUUUGUAAAUUGGUGUUUGGACAUAAUGGUUGGAGGAAAGAGAUGUUCAACAAGCAGUGAUUGAGCUUUACGUUGGCGCUCAGACAAGCGUGAGUUGUUGGUGGUGUACAAAAUCGUCGUCUUUGUUGACAGUCGGGUUGAGUUACACUGCGGUGGUGCUAACUGGCGCUGGUUACCUGCUGACGUGAUGGUUCACCAGUAACGACCCGGACAUCAAAGCCAAUCGCAGGCGGUAGCUUACGAGUGUGUCUUAACUAGUGGCCACGUCAACCAGAUUUAUGGAUGGCAAGUAUGACGUAAGUGGUAGUAACUCAACCUUGGUUGCCAGUGUUUGGUGAUGAACCACCGAGUGUAAAUUAUAUAUGAUAAGGCGAGCCAGAACAGUUAUCUUGCCAAGAAAGCUAUUAUGAGAAAUACUAGUUAGUGUGAAAGCCAUUUGGAGUGCGGUGCUUAGAGCAAUAUUUACAAGAAAUCAACAACUUUUUUGGAAAUAAGUGGCCAAUAUUCGAUGAAAACCCUUUGUUGACUCAAGCUUGUGAGGAAAAGUUACUCGAGAACCAUGUAAUGCUUAAGCUCGAACGGCAGCUGAGGUUCAGGUGAAGCUGGCAGUGUGAUACACCCAGAUGCUCAAGGGGGCAUUGCCCCCCUCCCCCCCCCCUCUACAGAGAAUAGGGGCAUCUUCAGUCUUAAAACAGCAAGAGGAAACACCAAAGGCAUCAAUCAUAUAGCAAACGCCCCUUUUCCACAAGAUUGAGGUCAGUCAGCGUGCAGAGGCGCUCGCUGAUCCAGUGGUCGCUUCACCGUAUUGUGUGCUCUGGAAACAAGGUCGCCCAUGGCCGCGCGUAGUGUCUACCACCUGUUACUAGAUUGCCGUUGUGGCCGCCCACGAGACGUGCUGCUAACAGCUCCCUUAAGGGUUAUUCAGAGGAGCUAGCUGCGGAGACGAGACUCUAUUCAGAAUGAAGAUUCUCCCCGAAAAAUCUGGAAAAUCAAGAGAGCCAUAUUCCAGACACUGCCUCAGGGAGCCAAUCCUUUCAGUCCCUACCUGGAGAUUAAUUAGCUCUGUCUGGCUAUGGAAAAGAGAGGCGUGUUAGGGGUCGAACGUGACUGAGGCGGCUUAAGAUAAGAAGGAAAUAAAAGGAAAAUCAUGCCCUAGUGAACGUAGAAAAUCAAUGCAAUGAUUCCUCUUGUUAUCAUGGGAUUUGGGCUCUAAGCCCAGAGCACAGCAUUUGGAUGUAAUACAUUUCCGGAUUCUUCAAAGUUAGGUAUUGCCUGGAACUACGGCUUGUUAGCGGAGUGUUAGCCCUGAGAAGGCUAAAAAGUGCAGUGAGUGAUAAUUCCGGGACCAUUUGGGUCUUCCAGGAACUCUUACCGGGCUAAAACAAAACAAAAGUCAUCAAAGUUGGUUUCGAGUUUAUGCCUUUCUGGUGAUGGCAUUAAGUUUUUCAAUGUUAAAGUUUUGUCCUUUACAUGGUUAUACAACCAAGUUAUUUGUGUCGUCAACAGUUAUUUUAACAAAUUGCAAUAAAUCGUGAGGUAUAGAGUUAUUCCAGCCAGGUGUUUGUACUGGUCUGUCAUCCUCAACAUCUAAAGAAAAAAUCACAUAUUGAAAAAAAGAUUCUGAUAUUUCAGUCCAGUAUUAUUAUUACAGCAUAUUGGUGGCAAGAGAGAGCUUGGGAGGCUGUGAGGGGCCCAGUAAAACUCUUCUCCAGCAGUUGUGGUCCUGAGAAACAAGAAACUUUCCUUUAGAAAGUGUCAAGAGAAAAAGUUUUCCUCGUUUGGAGGCGAGUCUCCAAGACAGAGGGCGUCCCCACUGUCCUCAGGCACACUCAUAAAAAAGAGAAAUCUCAUCCUCGGACGUUUAGUGAAUAGAGCUAAUUAUUAAUGUCAAAUUAAUCCCUCUUAGCAGGCCCAUUAAUCUUGUAAUUAACCUUUCAGUAAUUUGUGUAAAUAAUGAAAAUACGACAAGUUAUUCACGGUAUGAUAUGUCGCUUACUAGAGAACGAAUACCGAAGAAAGGCAAAUAAUCUGUGUGUUAUGAUUUAUAAAUUACUCGAGUACGUAGGAAAUACUAGAUUGUCUUAAUCCCAGAAAUUCAAAAAAUGAACUUUCAUUAAAUAGUGAUUCCGAAGGGCAAACGGAUAAUGUAUUUAUAAAAUCCGUGUUGUGGGAGACGAUUUGAAAUGUGAUAAAAGCCUCCAGUAACAUUCCAGUUAGAAAACCACAAUGGCAAGGUACCCUAUGGUUGAGGAAGCCCGCCCUCUCUUCUGCGGUCUAGCGCCCACUGCAGGUGGGCCGUCUCUUCUUGUCUCGGGAAGAUCAUGAAUACAGAACUUCCCGAUGAAGAGCAUCGCCGCUUUAAUUAGGGACUAUUGGCUUAAAAAUAAGAUGAAGGGCAAUGAGACGUCAGCGCACAAUGCUCUGACGUCCGGGGCUGGCAGAUUUCAAGACGAAGGCUUCAGUUACAACAGCAGCGUGCCAAGAGUGGAUGAUGUCCAGUCGCAGAUGUUUGAUAGCGGAGGGGAAGAUGGCUUUCCGUGGUCAGUGGUAUCCCUGGCAGGCGGUAACCGGGUAGACUGUGCCUGGGUGGGCAGUGACAUCAACGCCGCGGGUGUCGUAAGUAGCGAUCUAACAUUCCAGUGUAACGAUGUGUUGGAGAUCGUAUCCCCUAACGCCUCAUGCUGGGUAACGAGUAUGAAAGACUGCAUGAGAAGCGGGGGUUUCAUGCAGAGUGACGUGUUCAAUCACACCUCCGUCAGCCCGGGGGCGCUGGAGGACACGAGACGGGCUCACGCCUGCUUGUCCUGUUGGCGAGACAACACCUCCAGCUUCUGGGAGCUGAGAUUUAACACUACUGAGAAUUUUUUAACCUCUGUUCUCUCCUUCGGGAGCGAACUCCUGUGCUCCUUCGGCUCGUGCUCAUCUGCUCUUUGUGAUAACUUGACAAUCAAUCCCUCGUCGCCUUCGUCAUCCACUCAGCCCUCGUCCAACACCUCACUACCCAUACUACCAGUGCCAUCCUUGCCGCCUUCGACGACGCCGCCGCCGCCGUCGUCGCUGCAUAUAGUGCAGUGUAGAGUCCCGGAGCUCCUGCAGCAGCUCGAUCCACACUUGUCUCUCAACCUCACAGAAGACGACCUCUUCCUCAACGCCACAGCAGGCGGCGACGGUGGCUACGACUACGACUUCUCAUUCCUCUUCCUGGCCAUGUUCAUCUUGGCUGGGGGUAUCGGCAACAUUCUCGUCUGUUUAGCGAUGGUCGCUACCCACAGGCUACGAACUGUCUCCAAUCACUUUCUACUACUGCUACUGCUGAUUUCGUUACUACUACUUCUAUAUUUAAUGUUAUUUCUGCCUGUUCCUGGGUACUGGCCCUUCGGCUUAGUCGGUUGCAACAUCUACGUGACGUGCGACGUGCUGGCGUGCACCUCCAGCAUCAUGCACAUGUGCACCAUCUCGCUGGGGCGGUACCUAGGCAUACGCAACCCGCUCAAGACCCGCAGCAGCAGUAAGAAGACUGUGGGUGUGAAGGUGGUGUUGGUGUGGCUGUUGGCCAUGCUGGUGACCUCCCUCAUCACCGUCUUGGGCAUCAUCGACACCACCAACAUCAUGCCCGCCGACUACGUCUGCACCAUCAACAACCAGACCUUUUUCAUCUUCGGGUCCCUGUGCGCCUUCUACAUCCCCAUGGUCAUCAUGGUGGUCAGCUACGCCCUCACUGUUCACCUGCUCCGCAAGAAGGCCAAAUUCGCCGGGGACGCGCCGGCGGGCAAAGCGCGGACCAUGGGCAGGUAUCGCUCCGUUCGACGGAAACACCAGCAGACAACCCAUUCCUUCGCCUUCACCCCGAGAACCUCGUACCGGGGGUCGUACUCCAACGGUCACGCCGGCCAUUACGAGUUCUCCAACAUUCACAAAUGCGAGCAAGCGACCCAGACGCCGGAGUCUAUCGCUCGUGAAACGAGAAACUUUAAGUUGAAAGCUCUACGCUUACAGCUCGUUGGAACCGCUGCGUGGCAUCUCCGCUUUCUGCCGACGAGAAAAAGGGACGCCUUAGCCGCCAACGCCGUCGCUAACGAGCAGAAAGCUUCGAAAGUGCUCGGUCUAGUUUUCUUUGCCUUCGUUAUAUGUUGGACACCGUUUUUUAUCCUCAACAUAUACUUCGCGGCGUGCCCGACCUGCCACGUGAAUGACCACGUGGCCAACGUGUGUCUGUGGCUCGGCUACGUCUCCUCCACCAUCAACCCCAUCAUCUAUACUAUCUUUAAUCGCACCUUCAAGGCGGCGUUUAUCAAAAUCCUUAAGUGUGACUACAAUUUUGACCACCGACACGUGAGAUCGCAUUCGAUGUCGGACAAUAUGGCGGGCCCGUACGGGGGACCCACGCCGUCAGCCGUGGCCACACCUUGCUCCAUUCGCACUCUCUCCACCUACGUCAAGAGCCCUAGUUACCAGCACGCUCUCACAAGCCCAGAACAAGAGCAGGAGCAUCAGUGCUGACUCGUACAACAAUCAGAGAGUCGUCACAUGAGUGUUUACAACCCAGAGACAAUCACAUACAUGUUGAUUGCUCGAUAGACGGAACAAACGCAGGAUUUGAAACUCCUGCUUCACUGCCCGCUAUUUAACGCAAACACUAAACUAGUUUACUUAAAUCAUAACCAAACAAGCGCACAAAAUCAAAUGGGACUUUAUACAUGUAGAGUAUCUCCCAAUGAUCAGUCUCUAGUGUACAGAAGUCGGAAAGAACAGUAGUUCCCAACGUCUGUCAAUUUAUACGUAACCAAACAAUGUGUAUUUAAAACCAUCUGCCUGAAAAAAAAUACUUUUUUGUGUAAGAGAUGUUAUAUAGGAUUUAUCCAAUGUAAACAUGUAUAUUACGUAGGCUAAAGGGGGAAUGUUACUAUGAUGAAUGUUGUAAGACAAUAAUAUAGUUAAAUUUCAGCACAAAAGAGCUCCCAAUAACUAAACAAAUUAUGAGAUAGCAGUUGUUUAAUAUAUAUAUUUAAAACUCGUAUAAACUACCUCUUACGAUCGCCACCGAGUACAUUAGAGCUUGUUGUUAUGUCUGAAGGUUGGGUGAUUAUUCCUGACGUUUGCCUAAACAUAAAAUCUGGAAAAUAAGGCCAGUUAGUUAUCUCGGAGGCUUUGUGAUGAUGAUAACUGAGAAUGGUUUGGGGGAUCAUGACUACCGGUACUCUUUGUAAGCUUGUGAUUUUGAUCCAGUUAUUAAUGGUUCUAUGAACAUGAUUUACUAAAAGCAGGCCUGUUAUCAUGACUCACUGAUAGUGACCGUGUUUUCACAACCAAUGAUAUUGAUUAACCUGAGAACGUUCAUCGCUGAUCGUCUCCUGAUUGUGAAUAUAACUUUCUGAUAGUGAACUUAUGAUCACAACCCGAUAGUGUACUCCUUGUUGUUACAGGAACCUAAGGAUAAAGCAAUAUCCAGAAGGCCUUUUGACUACGCAAAGCACCGCUCAUCUACAUUUAAACAAUCACGUGAUUGUCCAAUCAAAACAAAUCCCAUUUAAAUGUGCUGUCUCGUGUUCGAGCCUUUGUACAUAUAUAUUGUUAGAACCUAUUUUUAUAUCUCCCUUCUUAAAUCCGUUCAUUCAAUUGUAAACUUCAGUCAUAUCUCCUCUUGCUCUUCAGCCAUUUCAUGUAAUGUAAAUUGAGUCUCCAUAAUCUCUCUUCAUACGACAGAUUCCAAAUUCCCAUGAUUAACUUACCCAUCUUCUCUGAAUAAUCUUACGAGAAUUUACAUUAAUUUUAUAGUACGGUGCUCAAAACUUUGCAGCAUAAUCCAAGUCCGGAUAAAGUUGAAAGUGAGUUUUUGACUAAUAUUUCUGGAUAUGAAUCCUAGCACUCUAUUGGCCUUAUUUCUAAAAUUUAUGCAUUGACUUCUUGGGUUUCAGAAUCUUACUAAUAAUAACUCACAUUCCUUCUCACAAUCUGAUUUCACAAUUUCACUUUUGUUUAGUGGAUAUCUGGCACCUGUGCUUUAUUUUCCUAUGUAAGAACCCUCCACUUAUCAGCACUGAAUCAAAUUUGAUUAUUUUCAGUCCAUUUUGGAAAAGCGUGUCUUUGUUCUCCUGUUACUGAAUCUUCGUCUGUAUUCGUUUCAGUGUCAUCCCCAGAUUUACAAAUGUUGAUGUUCGUUUCUGUAUCUAAACAAUUUAUUCUGGCCGUCUCUGCAAUGACUUCCCCUGAAACAGUUUUAAGAGAAGUUUCUCUGAUUCCCUCCGUUUCUACUGUCCUUAUCAGUCUCUCAUAUGAAGCGGUAAUAAAAUCUUUACAAAAGUCUAUUAUAACUUAAGUAUACAAUUUAGGUCCUGCCUCGUAUGAGCCAGUAAGUUUUCAUUAGUUUAUUCAUUAUUCUUCUGUUCUUAUUGAUUUUCUUAAUUACACUAUGUGAUGUCAAUAACAAACACAAAUUACAAUACAGUGUCAUCUCUAAACAUAGGCAAACACACUGAAUAUGAUGAUUGUAGUUUAUAUUUUUGUUAGCGUCUUGACUCUUCAAACAAAAUAUUCAGGUGUAAACACUGGCAAAAGGGCCUGACAGCUGAGAGGACAGCGCUAAGGAUUCGUAGUCCUGAGGUUCCGAGUUCGAUCCUCGGAGGAGGCGGAAACAAAUGGGCAAAGUUUCUUUCGCCCUGAUGGGCCUGUUCAGUU